AUGGCGGCCGAGGAGCCGCCGUUGAGCUGGGAUAUUACCCCCAAAAAUGGCCAAGAAGUAUUUUUCUCACACGAACUUUAUGAAAAAUAUUCCUUGUCUCCGAGCCUGGCUGAACUGUGGCAUUUAUCAAGAAGAGAGGCCAAGAAGAAGGUAGAAGCCCUGGGAAACUCCUCGGAAAACAGGCAGCCCUGUGACAGGCAGGCUGCAGAGCCAGCUGGGGCAGAGGCCAAAAGCACGAGUGAGGAGCAUCCUUUUCCAGAGCCCAGGGUCCCCUAUCCAUUCACCUCUUGCCUGUCUGAGAAGGAGCAGAAAACGUACUUGUAUCUCAUGACUAAGUACUCCAAAAAACCGAACCAUUUCCAAGUGACUGCAGCGAGUCAAAGGGAGCUGUUCACGUAUCUGCAAAUGAAAGAAGUGGUGAACAAUGAAAUAGCAGAAUUUAUGAAGUUUGCCCAGAACGCUGCAAGAAGCUGUGCCCAGGAUUAUGAGGCCAUCUCUGAGGAUGCCCUGCGCUACACUGAGGAACUGCUCCGUGCCUGUAUUGGACAUGUGCAGAAGCAUCCCGAGUUUUACACUCUCCAGGAGACCACGAGUAUCAUGGGGGGGAAGUUCCACACACAGCUGACCUUCAGGCUGGAAAAGAAUCUGCUUGCAAUGGGUACAGCACGACGUGGUAAAACAGAUUUCCCUGCCAUGCCCGUUCAGCUGCCCACAGACUAUGGAACUGUUACAUCUAUCAUAACUCCAGAGAAGAAGGCUCAGCUUAUGCACAGUGAUGUUAGUUCAGAUCCAAAUGCAGAAAAACUGGCUUUGAAAUACUGUCCUCAAGUUGUUUUAAGUAAUCAGUCAUUAUUUACUUUACUGAAUAAUCAUGGGCUAAACUACAAGGAGCAGUGGGAAAUUCCAGUUUGUGUUAAAAUGGUCGCUGUUGCAGGUAGCAAACCAGCUAAAGUGGUUUAUGUUGAUUCACCCCUGCUGAGAAAAGAAAUGACAAUAAGAGAGAAGAAUCAAAUCUUCCACGAAAUUCCAAUGGAUUUCCUAGCAACUAAAACAUCCUACGUUUCAAUUUCUGAUGUGUGGAUGGACAAACCAGCUGAGGACAAUCUGUUCCAGUGGGAUGUGUCCUCUGAUAGCUACCAGUGCAGGAAGAUUCCCCUUCCAGAUGACACAGGGAUGGACUUUGACGAUGAUGUUACAGAACUGGAAACUUUUGGAGCAUCUGCCAAGCUCUCAAGAAGUUCUAAAGUGGAAAGUACUGUUCCUGCAGUUAAUAACACUGCUAAAGUUUUAUCUCACAGCCUGAAAACGGGGGGAAACAAUUCAUCCACCCUGAACAGUGGAGAUGAAGAGGGGAACCCCCCCCUUUCUGAGCAGGAGGUUUCAGCACGUGCCACUCUGCAGCUUCCAUCAUCAGAUGGCAUUCCAGGCUGCAGCCCUGGAGAGGAUCCCCCUGCUGGGUCAGUGCAGACGGGGCCGAGCACAGCUCAGAGUGCUGGCACCAGGGAAGAGCUGGGCAGUGGAACCCCCGCCGAGGCUGUAUGUGAUGCAGUGAGUGACAGGGAGGGGGCUGGUGCUGCCCAGAGCCACGAGAGCCAGCCUGCCCUGUGCGGCAGCGACACGGACGAGGAGCGCUUGGUCAUCGAUGCAGAGGGUGCCAACACCCCCCGCUGCCAAACAGCUGCCCCAGCCCCUGAGUGUGAUCCCUCAGCACAGCCUGCAGGGUGUCCUUCUCCCACCCCCAUCCCUGCAGCAGCCACGGCUGACGGCUCGGAUCCCACGGAGCAGGGAAGCAAAGCCUCCAGGAAACCCCCCAGGAGGUUAUCCAAAGAGCUGGAUCCCGUGGGGCAGAUCCUCAAAAUGCAGACGGAGCUGCUCAAGUCGCCUUCCCAAAAAGCUGCCGAGCCAGUGGGGAGCUGGGACAGUCCUAAUGCUGGGCCAGCCCAGGGGCCUCCGUCCCCAAAACCACUGAUGAGCUCCAGCACAGAGAGCGGGCCUGCCCCUGCCUCCAACGCCAGCAGGAACACCUGGACCUGGCUCUUCGAGGGAGUGCCAAAGAGAAAGCUGCCCAGCGAGCUGCAGCUGCUGGAGGAAGCCCCCUCAGAGUACACAGCCCCUCGGGAGGGCAACGUGGUGUACAAGCUGUUCAGCCUGGGCGAGCUGCUGCUCCUGCUGCGCUGCAGCAUCCACAAAGUGAGGGCUCUGCCACGCUACCAGAGGAAGAAAAAACCCCAGAAGCUUACUCCCAUAUUCCUGCUGCCAAAACUGGAAUACCAGGCCUAUUACGGGGUGGAAGCUCUGACAGAAAGCGAAGUGUGUCAGCUGUGGACAGAGAGUUUGCUGCAUUCUCAGUGUUUAUUUUAUAUUGGACAUAUUGAUGCUUUCACAUCAAAGCUUAUUAUGCUAGAAAAGGUUUCUCCAGAAGCUUUAAGAGAAAAACUCGGAUUGAUCAAGCCUGCAAAUUCAUUAAAUAUACUCCAUCACAUUUUGAAGAAAGUGUCUGAUCUGCAGGAGGGCUCUUAUUUAUUGUCUCAUGCUGCAGGAGAUUCCUCAGUUUCAAUUUACAAGAGCUGCCUCGACAAGGGCACGAGAUCCUCCUACAACUUACACAAGGCUCACUGUGAGCUGCCUGCGGUCCCUGCCACUCUGUCGGUGCCCUGGGUGCCCCUGGAUCCCAGCCUGCCUCUGCCCUACCACAUCAGCCAUGGCAGGGUCCCCUGCACCUUCCCCCCUGCCCCCCAGGAGGGCUGGAAGCACAAGAUGGCUGGGGCAAAAGGACAGUCGGACACACCCUGUGAGGGACAGCCAGGAGCUGUGGAGACAAAAGGCAAGCCAGCUAAGCCUGUGAGAAAUGAAGGUGUGGCUCCAAAGAAGCUGAGGAAGAAUUUCUGCAAGCAAAGGAAAAUGAAGAAGAGAUGGAACACUAAGUACAACAAAAUGCAACCCAAGUAGGGACGGGCCUGGAGAAGAACAAGAGGCAACAAUAAAUCUGGAGCUUUCUUGCAGCUUCAGAGGAGGCAGAACGAGCUGGCAGGGAAAUGGUUCCAUAGCUGGAGCAUUCCCUAAACCUUGAAGCCCUUCGUCCCUCAGUGGAAGUGUGUCAAGGGAAAAUCCCAAAUUCAGUCAGAGAAAAAAGCAAGUGGUGCAGCCCCUUGGCUGCUGACAGGGGAAAAGUGUCUGCUGCUGCUCUGGGGUUUCUGCAGAGCUCCCUCAUGAAGAAUGAAGCAGUGGGUGACAAUGCUCUGAUUCCACAGAACCACCAGAAAUGUAACUUGGCAGUGUCCUGAAUUCUUCCAGAAUCGCUACAGGUUUUUAUUCUGACACGUUUUAAAGCUACAUUUUAUUUUGUAUAUUUUGCAUAAGGAGAGCAACUUCAGGAUCAUUACUGAGCCUUUUUGGCACAUGGUGUCUCCCAGCUCUUAAAUAACUUAAAUAAUGUUUUUUUUUCUCUUUAGGUUGGUGUAACAAAUGGGGUUUGGGGAACAAAAGCUGUGUGUAUUUGAAUAGCACGUGCCGUAAAUUGCACUAGGAAACACACAGCUAAAGCAUUACAUUUUGCACAGCUCAACUAAUAAAAUACAUUUUAUGCUUCCCCACAGCAAUUUCCAAAAAUUGUUUGGAUUCUGGCGUGUCCUCAGAAGUGACUUUUGCA